UCCUAUACACAUUAUAAUAGAAACGAGAGUUUCUAAGGAAUUUCAGUAAUGAAGAAACGUAUUUUCAACUAAGUGCGAAACAAAUGUCCCAUAAAGUGUAUCUCGCGACAAUUAAAAUAGCUUAAUUCGCCAAGCAUAACUGUUUAAAAUUCGGGAUAUAAAAAAUGCCAAAAUUCUUUUGUAUCAAUUUGCUUGUGUUUAAUGAAAAAAAAUGUUGCAUGGAUACCUGAUAGCAUUCGGAAUAGCUGCCUUUCAAAAUCUAUUUCUAGUGACUAAACAGUUUAUUGAAAUCGUUGUUUUAUCACCAAUCCCGUUCCAAAAUGUUACAUGAUAAUGUUUUUAUCAUAGUGUUGGAAAAUGCAUAGAAAAGAUUCAGUUGUGUCAGCUCGCUUCUGCGAAGGGGGCCAUCGCUGUUCACCGCCAAAAGAGUGCUGUCCACAGGGUUGUUGCUAUUUGUACGCUCCGCCAAGUGCUCCACGAACCACACCACCGUCAACCGAUCAUGUACUUAAUUUGUUUUUUAUCAAUCACUGGUAUUUUUGGUGUGUUGUUUUGGCUCUCAUUCUUGCUAUAUUAUGUGCAUGUUCGUUAUGGAAAAAGCGACGACAACUGUGCGGAUGGGGCUCUCCUGGCCCACAUUCACAAUCAGGUGAUUCGGCAGGUUCAUGUUAUGCGCCGCCCCAAUACAGUCGAUGCAGUUCAUUUCAUCAUGCACCGCCACCUUACACAGAGGUGACAUCAAAACCGGAUCUUUAUCCACUUGUAUUUACAUGCAACGGAGACAAUAGUAAGAAUGGUUCAAGCUACUUAAUGGUCCAAUAUUUUCGAAAUUACAUCGUUCGACCCGUUGGCUCACUAUCCGCUACUAGUACAGUUGAUUCGUUAAGUUCCAGUUGUAUUUGUAUAGCAAAUGAAGCGAAUACAUUGGUGCCUCCUCCAUAUUCUCGAGCAGCUAGUCCCGAUCUGUCGUUGACCACCCGUUCGUAUGGUAUACCGCGAUCAGCUUCGCAGCAAGGAUGCUCGUUGGAAAACUACACGUACCAAUCGGUGCCAGUGUUCUCCAAUGACGAUCUGAGCACAACAUCAGCCAGUAACAUUGCACUGCGUGCAUCAGAAAGUGCAACAAUUCAUACGGAUAACGGUGUUAAUGCGAACACGAUGCAUUUAUCUCGAAGCGACCAACAAUUCAAACAAACUAUGAUCACUCAUAGCAUUAGUAACAUAAGUAUACCGGUGACUGGUGUUGAUGUGGCUACCAUUAGCCAAGCGAUAAACACCCAAAAUACAAACAGUAAUAAUAGCACAAAUUCGUACAGCAGCAUGAAUGCAAUAUAUAAUAUCCAGCAGCAACUUCCUUGUGAUAGUUUUAGUGAAGAAUCGCCAAUAAACGGAGACAUUUUGCAAAAAUUCAACGACAUGAGACGAUAUGUGAAUUCGAAUAGUGGUUCGGCCAUAUCCAGUUUAAACAAUGUGGGCACACCGGACUCACCGCCACGUGCAACUAGUCCUACGGACGAGGUGAAGGAAUUACUGCAGCAAAUCAGACAAUUGCAAAAAGAAAACAGUGACGAUCGUAUCGAAGAUCCAUCGCCCAGCAGUGCUGCAUCCGCACCGAAAACGACACGAACAACCGCCUCAAUUCGCCCAUCAUCGUUGCAUCGCAAAGAUUUCUUUGCCAAGAAGGUGCGAUACGUGUCCAUCACGAAUGCGGGUGGUGCGAAAACCAUUCGCAGUCCACUCGGAUCGGGUUGUUCGAGCUUGUUGGGCAAAGGACGUAGUCGCAAAGGUUGGAUAUCGAAAUCGGCUCCAACCACACCCGCAACUGCCUUACCGCCGUGUUUUCUAGAUGACGACAGUCAAUCACUAUUAAAUGAACAAGACGAAGAUGUCGAAACAAAUUAGAUUUCUUAUAAAUUGGCUGAUUGGAAAUUUUCACAAUUUUUAAAACGGACAAUCGCCGCCACCCCCUUAAAAUACAAAAACCAAAAUUGUUACAUAUUCGAACUAUAGAAGAUUCAGUUUAUCGUUUAAAACAAAA